CUCAAGCGCGGCGCGGCUCGGCGCUGGGGGAAGAGCAGCUCCGGCGGGGCCAGGGCAGGGGUCGGCAGGACCCGGCUGCAGAAUUAUGGUGGUGGUUUCACUGUUGAUUGCAACCAGCUCCUUCUGCACUUUUAUGAAGAUACUUCUAUCAACAGUGCUGUCUUUUUAAAUCGCCUUCUUAAGAUGCAAAUACCACAGCCAUCCUAUGAAUCACAGAAAACUUUUGAAAACAGAAGUGCUGGCAGCAUCCCCGUUGCAGCUAUGGAUUUGGAUAAACAGUCCAUCUGGGAAUCCCUGAAGCAGAAAACAAAGCCCUUGUUACAAAAUUUCAGCGGAAAGAAAUCCAAAAGAAGUUCUCCCAAAAUGGUGGAGAGAAGGCAGAGGCCUUCACUGAACCGACACAUUAGUAUUUCUGUGCCCGACAUGCUGGAUUUCGAGUCUUUCGCAGAAGAACCGAUGUGUUCAGAUUCCCACGCGUCGUCCCCCAACAUCUCUAGCUGUCUUUCCACCAAGAUCGCAUCUCUCAAAAGCAGAAGCACCUGUUUAAAGCAGACAGGAGAGGACUGUCAGUGGAAGCAGCAGGAAGCAAGCCACACAGAGGUCAGCAUUACUGAAACAGAAACCCAAGUCAUUUGUGGCUCAGGAUCAGAAGCUAGGCAGAAACCCAACGAUGACCUCUUUGAAUUGCUACAGCCAGCACAGCUGAGUGAUGAUCUAACAGAAGAGGUGACUGAGGACCCAUGUGAAUUCACAGACCUUGAAUCUUCAACAGCCUCUCAACUUUUUGAUGAGCAAAAUUCGCUUGAGGAAGGAAGUGAUUAUUUGAGUAACCUUCCUAGUCCCUUUGCUUACCUACUGACUAUACAUCUGAAAGAAGGCCGUAAUCUGGUUGUCAGGGAUCGCUGUGGUACAAGUGAUCCAUAUGUGAAGUUUAAAUUAAAUGGAAAAACGCUAUACAAAAGUAAGGUAAUGUACAAGAACCUAAAUCCAGUUUGGGAUGAGAAAGUUGUGCUGCCAAUGCAGAAGCUUGGUCAGAAGCUCUGUGUCAAGGUGUAUGAUCGAGACUUAACCUCUUCCGACUUCAUGGGGUCAGCAUAUGUAAUCCUCAGUGACCUGGAACUUAAUAGAAGUACUGAAUACGUUUUAAAACUGGAAGAUCCGAACAGUUUAGAAGAUGACAUGGGUGUGAUUGUGUUAAACUUGAGCCUAGCAGUCAAGGCAGGAGACAUCAAGAGGAAUAGAUGGACAAGUCGGAAGAAACGAACUUCUCCAGCCAAGCCGAAUUUCAUGAGAAAUGUGCGUCUGUCCGAUUCCUUGCGAAAGAACCAGCUGUGGAAUGGACUUGUCACGAUCACGUUAUUGGAAGGGAAGCACAUCCCCGGAGGGAGCAUGACACAGAUUUUUGUCUUGUUAAGACUAGGAGAUCAGAAGUAUAAGAGUAAAACACUGUGUAAGAGUGCAAAUCCUCAGUGGAGGGAGCAGUUUGAUUUUCACUACUUCUCUGACAGGAAGGAUAUAUUAGACAUUGAGAUCUGGGGAGAGGACAACAGAAAGCAUGAGGAGCUUUUGGGAACGUGUAAAGUGGAUAUUACUGCUUUACCUAAGAAGCAGACCUGUCCUUUAGAAGUGCUGCUGGAGAAGCACCCGGGGUCUCUGCUAAUGCUGAUUGCUGUUACCCCCCGUUCAGGAGUUUCUAUCUCUGAUCUGUGCGUGUGCCCCUUGGAAGACCCAAAUGAAAGGAAACAGAUAUCCCAGCGCUAUAGUUUAAAGAACUCCUUUAAAGACAUGAAGGACAUUGGCUUCCUGCAGGUCAAAGUAUUAAAGGCAGUCGAUUUGUUGGCAGCAGAUUUCUCAGGUAAAAGCGACCCUUUCUGUGUAUUAGAGGUGGGAAAUGACAGACUUCAGACGCAUACCGUUUACAAGAAUCUCAACCCGGAGUGGAACAAAGUUUUCACAUUCCCUAUUAAAGAUAUCCAUGAUGUUCUUGAAGUGACAGUGUUUGAUGAAGAUGGAGAUAAAUCCCCUGAUUUUCUUGGAAAAGUUGCCAUCCCUUUGCUGUCUAUUAGAAAUGGGCAGCAAAGUUGUUACACGCUGAAGAAUAAAGACUUGGUACAGUCUUCUAAAGGAUUAAUUUACUUGGAGUUGGAUGUUCUGUUUAAUCCAAUAAAAGCAUGCAAGAGAACCUUUACACCAAGAGAAAAGCGUUUCAUCGAAGACAGGGGCAAGUUUUCCAAGAAGAUCUUAUCUAGAAAUGUUAACCGGGUGAAAAAAAUCACCAUGGCAAUAUGGAAAACAAUACAAUUCCUUAGAAGCUGCUUUCUCUGGGAAUCAACAGUUAGAAGUAUGAUAGCUUUUGUGAUUUUUGUGGUCACUGUUUGGCACAUGGAGCUGUACAUGGUGCCUCUGGCUUUGUUGCUGCUCUUUGUCUACAACUUCUCUCUGAUCAGAACGGGGAAGGUCAACAACACCCAAGAUGCCCAGGAGAUCAUGGGCCUGGAUGAGGAUGAAGAUGAGGAUGACAAGGAAUCGGAGAAAAAGGGGCUAAUUGAAAGAAUCUACAGGGUUCAAGAUAUUAUAAUAGCAGUUCAAAACGUCUUAGAAGAAAUAGCAUCGUUUGGGGAGAGAAUUAAAAACACGUUCAACUGGUCAGUGCCUUUCCUGUCCGUCUUGGCCUGUUUAGUACUGGCAGCAGCAACAAUUAUUUUGUAUUUCAUACCGCUGAGGUACAUUGUUCUAAUCUGGGGCAUAAAUAAAUUUACUAAGAAGCUUAGAAAUCCCUACGCCAUCGACAAUAAUGAGUUACUAGAUUUCCUCUCCAGGGUACCUUCUGAUGUUCAAAAGGUGCAGUAUGUUGGAUUGAAACCAUAUAGCAAUGCCAGUCCCUUUAGGAAGAAGCGGAGCUCUCCAUAGGAUGCGGACAGCUUUUGGAAUGCAGCAUCCAUCUCCGUACACACACGCGCACACGCUUUCUUCCCCCACUCCUCCUUUUUGGUUCAAAUCAACACUAUAACCACCGUCGCGGACCUGCCACAGUUCGUUUGGAGAUGGGCAUUUCUGGUUUUUUUCACAUGAACUUAUCCUGCCUUGCUUUUUGGCAUCAAGAUCCAAUUUAACAUGAAGAGAGGAGACUGUAUAGACUGGCUAAUGCAGGAAGGAAACAAAAGUGCGACUGUGUCCAUUUUUUUUUUUUACUUGGCUUACCUAGGGAGGCUCAAAUGUGGCGGCACUCUCUUUGUAUGUAGGAAGUGAUCGUUCCUCCUAGGGUAGCAGAUCAGCGAAGCCGAUGCGAGGAGAGACUCUGAACUAGUUCUUAACAUAUCCAACAGAUUAACAAUAUGAUACUCAAGCUCUUCUUUUCUCAGUUAAAUUGCUCUGCGUAGAAGGGGUUUGAGCACUGAAUUAACGAGUCUUUGAUACCCAUCUUCUGUUCAAGCAGCGCAUGUUUUAGAAAGUUGUUUUUUUAAUCAUAAUUAGCAGAAAGAGCUGAAAGCUCCUGCGGUAUCUCAAGUUUUCAUCCAGUAUGUCUGUGUUUGAAAAACUGUGGUUAACCCUUUGAUGCUCAACUCUUCUGCCAGGAGGUCCGUUGCUGGCAACGGACACGUUGGAAUCAGCUGCUGGGAAAGACCUGAGAAAAUUUAGAAAACAUAACUCGCUGACCUGUGUUUUCUGUCUGGCCUGGUUAUAAUGCCAUCUCCGAUUUUUCAGCAUGCUGGUUCCUUUUAUCCAGAUCCAGAGAUGUCAACACUAUGGCUCUAGAAGCAAAUUAAGUUAAACCCGUUAAGAAACAAGUGCUUGAGCAGGAGAGCACAGGCCCCUCCCUAGUGCUUGUAGACAUGUCGCUUCAGUGCAAUAGCUCUCAGACUUCAAGCUACUAACCACUGAUGUCUUAUGGAGUUCUUCCUGGUGCUUCACAGAGCAAAAUGAGUGGUAAUUUGGGAGGGGAGAUGGGUCCUUGAGACAAAUAUAAUUCUUAUAAUACUGUGAUUCCUAUAUAGACAGCACUUUUUAUCCGUAAACAACAAUGCGUUACUAAGCUGGGCAGCCCUAUUCUGUAUGAGGAAAUUAAGACAGAGUCAUGAAGGCAGCCAGAGUCCAUGACAUUUCAGUGGGGUUUGUACCAAGAUAUCUUCUUAGGUGGUGUGAAAUCCCACUAACUCAAUACCAUAGUGGCAGAGAUGGGACUAAAAUUUAGGACAUGUUCCAAUCAGGUCUCCCAGUCCCCAGGUUUUUUUUUCAUGAAGUGGUUCACAGAGUAAAAAAAAUGAGAGAACCACUGGAUAUCGGUUAUUUUAAUCUGACUGAUUAUUGGCCUAAAGGUAGAGCAGGAAUUGCAGUGCUUCAUUGUUCAGUGAAGUCAUGCCCAACACCACCACCUUUCCGUGGAGCAAAGUGCAUGCCUGUUGCAAAAGAAAGCUAACCAAGUAAUGGAUUAUUCUUCCAAUCCAAUCAUUCUCUGAUAGUUUAGUUUUUAAAAGACCCUUCUUUAUGCCACAAUUUAAGGUGCAACAAUCUUUAUAUACAUUUUAUAAAAACCUGUAUUUUAUCAGCAUUUAUGUAGAUUUAUAUGAGAGGAUGGAAAAGAGAUGUAAUUAAUUUGUAAUUAAUUAUCUAAUUUAAAAAAGGAAAAAAAAAACCUGUGUAUACAUGGAAGUGUUCAUAUAAGACUAUACAUGUACAGUGCUUGUAUGAUAUAUGCAUGUGGGAUAGUGGGGAAAUGCACACACUGAAAAAUCUUCAAAGAAAUUGCUUAUGAAAAAUGCCAAAGAUUUUAAAGCUUAUCGUCUUGUGUCUGUUCUUCUUCAUCUUUUAUCUUUCCCGGUAUGUCUCUUUGGCUGAGCCAGAUCUUUGCAUGAUUUGAUUUACUUCAAGUUAAUGAAGCUGGUUGGAAGAGUCUUGUAGAAAUUAUAAAAGCUCCAGUAAAUCUCCUGCUUGUAUGUACAAUAGAUGUCCAUGGACCCUUUGUUAAACCAGUUACUCAAUCUUGUGUGUAAACAAUGCCUCGUUGUCUUGCUUUAAACUAUCGUCUAGUGUAUCCUACUGUAGCUUGUCAUUUUGCAAGGACCAAGUUGGACAUUUUUAUGAGAUGUAUGAGAUUUGCUCGCUCAUUUGAAUGAAAACAUUUAGCUGCCAGAAAAAUACCUUAUUUAUUCAGAAAUCGGGACCAAUACUUUAAUAGUAUUUUUUUUUUUUCCUAUAUCAUUUUCCCAUGUAAACUGAUUUCUGUUCAGGAGACAGGGUAAUAUCUAUUUUUUAAAAUGUAGAUAUGUGUUUGUUUUUAUGUAGAAUAAUUUGUAUUAGAUCAUCAUGGUGGAGACCUACCAGCCAAAAGGGUUUGGGAAAGGCCAGUACCUGUACACAUUGCAGUGUGUGAUUUGUUAUGAUAAAUAAUGUGUUGAAAUGCAAUAAAAUUUUGAUUUUAAACUGUAA